GAAUUAUAGACAUAAAUAUGUGUGUUUCAGGCCCAACCUUUCACUGCCAAGUCCAUUGCUGAUGCAUGUGAAGCUCCGAAGUCCUACAAAUUUUUUCUUUUUAACAUCGGUCUCAUCCAAAGCAUGAAUGCGGCCACAGAUUUUCGUCAUUUCCUUGAUGCCCGUUACCACUGUAAUGAUGAGCUUUUAGUAGAAGGACAGAGGCUCAUCACAGAUGGUUUGUCAGCAGUAAAGGCUGCCAACAAGAGGCAAAAUUAUUUGGCAGCAAGAUUAAACCUGGGAGGGAUACUCCACACCUUACAGGAUUUCUACAGUCACAGCAACUGGGUUGAAUUAGGAAACAAAUUUCCAAACAUAAAUAUGAUCAGAAAGAACGCCAACAUUGGAAAAAUUGCAGCUAAAACCACUGCAACCUGUCGUAGCUGUAAUGGGGACGACUGCAGCAACAACAUUUUGGAGGAUAUAAUAGCAGGAAAUAUUUUGACAUCUGGAUACGCUCUUGUUUGGCCUUGGUCUGGGAACAAACCGAAAGGAAAGUGCAGCCAUGGGGGUUUCUUUGAUGCAACAAGUUCAGUUGAGCCUAAAGGUGGGAUCAACAAAGAUUCUUACACCUCCAGCCAUGGACUUCUUCAGAGGGAAGCAGCAGAGCUGGAAAUAUCUGCAACCAGUCAGCUUCUGGAGGACAUGCGAGGAGCUACUGGGGACAGAGAAUUCUUUCAGUAUUAA